AUGCGUUUGCUCUUCCGUCACAAUAGCCGGUUGCCCAAGUCGACAGUCUCAGAUCGCUUACAGUUACAAGCUAAAUUAUCUGGUAUGAUGGCUUGGAUGUUAGCCUAUUCCAAUCUGCAAGACGUUCAUUUGUUUCUGUUUUGUUAUGGCUUGGAUGUUAGCCUAUUCCAAUCUGCAAGACGUUCAUUUGUUUCUGUUUUGUUAUGGCUUGGUAGUGCAACCCGGUCCAUUUUUGGUGAUCAAAUGGAAAAAAUGUGUUCAUUUGUGUUAGGAAUGUUAGAUUUACACUUCAUGCUUGGUAUUGGUAGAGUCAAUGUUCAAGCUACAUUACAACAUGACUCGUGCUCACUGAAAUCUCAUCAUGUGGAUCAGUAG